CAACACGCCCACACUCACGGAACAGAAGUUUGGAACGCGCAUUUACGCCCCUUGUGGAGACAGAUCCGCGCAUUCGCACGGAAUCAAUUUACAGUUGUGAAGGGCCCCAGAUCCAGUCGCCUUCAUCUGUUACCGAAACGAUCCUUUAUAAGGAAACUGAAAAAAAACUUCGAAUAAUCCUGAAAUCAUUUGAGAGUUGCACUUGAUCUCCUCGACCAAAAUACUGAACGAAAAUAUCCGAUUCUCGAAAAAGAAACAUGGCGGAUUCGAGCAGCACUGCAACGGCAGUCGGAGCCACAGGCUCGAAUAAUGGUGCUGCCGGGGUAGCUGGCACUGUUGCACCAGAGGGAGCAACUGGAGCCGGGGGACUGAAGACUGGGUCGGAGUCUGUGAAGGGGCAGAUUUUUGACGUCGGCCCACGCUACACCAACCUAUCGUACAUUGGGGAAGGGGCCUACGGAAUGGUUUGCUCGGCUCUUGAUAACAUGACUUCCCAGCGAGUAGCCAUUAAGAAGAUCAGCCCAUUUGAGCAUCAAACAUACUGCCAGCGCACCCUGAGGGAGAUAAAGAUCCUGCUGCGGUUCCACCAUGAGAACAUCAUUGGUAUCAAUGACAUCCUGAGGGCCCGGCGCAUCGAGUGCAUGAGGGAUGUUUACAUUGUGCAGACCCUGAUGGAGACAGACCUCUACAAGCUUCUAAAGACCCAGAAGCUAAGCAAUGACCAUAUCUGCUACUUCCUGUACCAGAUCCUGCGAGGGCUCAAGUACAUCCACUCAGCCAACGUGCUGCACCGAGACCUGAAGCCCUCCAACCUGCUCAUCAACACCACCUGUGACCUCAAGAUCUGUGACUUUGGGCUGGCACGGAUAGCUGAUCCCGAGCAUGACCACACUGGCUUCUUGACAGAGUAUGUGGCAACCCGUUGGUACAGGGCUCCCGAGAUCAUGCUCAACUCCAAGGGCUACUCCAAGUCAAUUGACAUCUGGUCAGUGGGCUGCAUUCUGGCUGAAAUGUUGUCUAACAGGCCCAUUUUCCCUGGAAAACACUACCUUGACCAGCUCAACCACAUACUGGGCAUCUUGGGGUCUCCGACUCAGGAGGAUCUGAACUGCAUCAUCAACAUGAAGGCCAGAAACUACCUGCAGUCUCUGCCUGAGAAGCCCAAGAUCCCUUGGGACAAGCUCUUCCCCAAAGCCGACAGCAAGGCUCUGGACCUGCUGGGGCGCAUGUUGACCUUCAACCCCAUCAAGCGCAUCAGUGUGGAGGAGGCCUUGGCCCACCCCUACUUGGAGCAGUACUACGACCCCACUGAUGAGCCAGUUGCAGAGGAGCCCUUUACUUUCACCAUGGAGUUGGAUGACCUUCCUAAAGAGAAGCUGAAGGAGCUCAUCUAUGAGGAGACGGCACGCUUCCAGGCAACCUACCAGGGCUCCUGAGACUUUACCAUUGAGUGACAAAGCUGUGCAGAUGCUUGGAACAAGAUGACUCCAACAAGAUAACAAGACAAAUUAAUCCUAAAUGGCAUACAACAAAGAGAACCAGAAACGUGUACAUCUAGCCUCUUUCUAUUUCUAUCAUGGAAAAAGGCUUCUACGGAGGUAAUGUUACCGUCUUUAGGAUACCCCUGCGUUUCUUACCUCCUUUUUCUGCUGGAAUUGUUUUAAUUAACACCCCACGUCCUACUGUGUACCCCACCUCCUAGUACACCUAAUACUCCCAUCCAUACAUCCAGCUCUCCUCACCACCUGUCUUUCUUUCCCAUAAUUUAGUUUCUAGUUACAAAAUGUAUGUACACACACAUACUAACGACUGUAUUAAUGAACACCAGAACUUUCCAUCUUUUUCCAUGAGGUUGUUGUUUGUGAAGAAAGUACAUGGGGAGGAAUCUAGGAAUCUAGUUGUGUGUGUACGCGCGUGUGUAUAUACAAAUGCGUAAGUGGACAUUUGUUUUGUUUAGACUGUACUCGUAACAGUUUUGUUUGUCCAACGUUAUUUGAAUGUUUAUGAUCAGUUUGGAGUUGUAAUUGUAUGUUUUGGGAUUUAUAUUUGUGAAUCUUUUUGAACACUUUCAAUGUUUUUUUGUUUUUUUUGUGAGACAAACAAUCAAUAUUUCUACUUGCAUGUUGGUGGGUUUAAAAUUGUGUACUUUCUUUUUUUGAACAUUUUUCAUGUGAAUGCAUGCAUUCCUGAAUUUUACCAAUUUGGCAGAGAGGGAGAGAGUGAUUUUGCCUGGGGAGUGACCAAGAAAAAGCUUGCAUAGUUUGUGAUGUAAACUGGGUUGAUUCUUUUUUGUUGUUCUAAGCUUCAAGGGCUGGCCCACUACAAUCCCCCCUCUUUCACAGGGGAUGUAGGGGCCCAUUUAAGAGUUCAAUAAAUGGCAUGAUCACCUACCCUCUUGUAUACCAGGCAAUGCCAUGUCUUUAUGCUCUCUGUAUGCGGCCAAAGCCUCUUCGAAAAUUGUUUUCCCCCAGCUCAUUAUCAUUUGGAAGAGUCAGCAUCCCAAUGACACACACACUCCCCUAAACUGAGAUCUGCUUUUCUGCUCACUGUAACAAGGCUACUCAGAUGCAGGUCUCCAAGUCAAUAGCAUUUUAUUGUUUUCCCCUUGAAUCUGGUUAACUAUGGGAAUCUCACAGACUCCAUCUUGCCAACACAAUCCCUGUGUGUGUAGGGCAAGACUGGCCACCAAUGUUGCUAUUGUGCAUCUAUUGAAUCCCAGUUAUUUGGGAAAGCGGUCGUACUCUCCAUCUCCUACAAAUCACAUGAUAAUCGGUGUUGUGAACCAGGAACCAAUCUUAAAUUUAGGAUGACAUAAUCCCAGUGUCUCCAUUUAUUUUCUCACUCUCUGCCAGUCCCCCUCUCCACCUCCCCAUCCAAUAUCGCUCAUUUCAUGUACUCCCUCAUCAGCUCUUUCUUAAAAGUAUGGUAUUCUGUCUUUUCCAGAGGUUGGUGGAUUUGUACAUACUUUGUGUUUAGUGGGGGCAGGUCAGAUGAAAAGGAUGAUUAUGCGAAGUUAUGUAUUUACUGUGCUCUUGGCUUUCUGUGUUUCUGGUUAUGGUGGGGCUGAUUUCCUAUUAACUUGUGAGUAUAUGUGUGCGCGUGCCUGCAAUGCUACGCUGUGUCUGUGUCUGUUCCUGCAUCACUCGCUUCCCACAUGGCUUUUCUCCCCUGUUAUGGAUAUGACUGACAGACCUGUGCUAUGUGGCCAUUGUCCCUUCCAGCUCUUCAGACCAAUCAUUGAGCUUGACCCCUGGAAGAAAAACCCUUUGAUUAGUUCCAAUAAUAGCAUAACGGUACCACCCCACCCUACAAAGCCAUAACAUUUAACCUUCUCUGAAGCCAUAAUCAUUGUCCAUGGUUGAAGUAUGAUAUUCACACACAGAGGAUCAGAUAUACCUGUGAAGGAUGAGCUCAACCUCUGGUCAGCUUCCCUUCAUUUCCCUCUUUAAUACCUGUCACGCUUUACUGAAAGGGCUCUCCCCCCAUUGGUUAACUCCCUGCGGAUCAUUCAUCCAACUGGCUCAGUCUUCUCUGAAUCACAGACCGCCACCCCUCUUGUGGUUCAACUACAUGGGCACCUUCCUUUUUUUUUUUUUUUUUUUUUUAACUCUUUCCCCACCUUGAAAUCUCAAGCCUACUUCCAAUUAUGUGAAGAAAUAGGGUUGAAGGAAAAAAGGGAAGAGCAUCGCUCAUUGUCGUGACAGGGGGGGGGGGGGGGGGGGGGGGGGGUUCUUGUGUUGAUCAUGUGUCUCAAUCAGCACACCUGCACUUUGCCUCCUACCAAACAAUGUUCACACCCCCCACUUCUCCUCCGUGUGUGUGUGUUUCACUGGAUCCUUUGUUAUCCACCCUGCUUGCCUGGCUCAAUUGCACUCACUUUCUAUUGGAAGAAAAAUACCACACUGACCAGCAAGUGUGGAAUUGGGGAAGGGGUGCAAAACGUUUUACUGUGAACAUCUACUUGAGUCCCAAGUGUCGGUGUUGACAGCAUGCCAUAUUGCCCUUUGUGUGCGUUUUUCACUGCACACCAAUAAAUACACCUCAAAGGUCCCUUUCCUGCCCAUCUGCUGACUGAUCUGCAUGUUAGAAUAUAUGUGAUCUGUGUCUCUCUGACCAAAAGCUGCUUAACUCCCUCCCCCACACACACCCCCCAAACAUACCAUGACAUUCAUUGAGGAGCCAUGUGAAUGAACGAACGGGACUAUCUUUGCAAUCCUCUCCACGCACACAAACACAAGCUGAAUAAUCUGUGUGACAAGAAAAUAUACACCAUUGGCUUGCAUAUACUCACACAGUACAUUAACUAAAUGGCCUAUGUCAGGCCGGUUUCAAAAUAAUGUCCUUUUUAAAUGGCUGUUCUUAUUAUUGUUAUUGGUGAGUUGUAUUUUAUUUUUUUUACAAAAAAGGGAGUUCAAGGUUUUUUUUUUGAAUAGUUAGUUUUUAUUUCUCUUUGUUUCUCUAAUGGGUGUGAUUAUAAUUGGCAAUGUGUUCUUUCUGGGACUUAUUUUUCCCCUAAGAUCUUAAGAGGAAUUAUUAUUUUAAGAGGAGAUAUGAGAUAUCUGUAGAUUGUUAAAGAUAUUGAGGGGUACAGUUUGUGUAUAUUCUAUGGGUAUUAUGAAUUAAACUAAUAACAAAGAAACAAUUAUAUACAUAUAUUGAAUAAAAUUCCUGAUAAUGUACAAA